AUGGCUGGAGCUGGGAUAAGAAAACAUAUCAUUUUUGACAACGUCGUUAGCAGGUAUGGGUCCUAUGCAAAGUCACCGUUUCAGAGGACAAAGCUGUAUAACAUGUGCUAUAGGGAGAAGAUGAAAUUGCUUGCACAAGGUGAUGCUGAUACUGCCAUAGGAAUCAUGUUGACCAGAAAGGACAGAGAUCCAGACUUCUUCUUUGAGCACACAGUUGACGUUGAAGGCAGGCUCCAAAACCUGUUCUGGUGUGAUUCGCAGUCACGCCGGGAUUAUCUAGACUAUGGUGAUGUUGUCGUCUUCGACAGCACAUACAAGAUGAACAGGUAUGGAAUGCCGUUCAUCCCUUUUGUGGGUCUGAACAACCACCGUUGCACUACGGUAUUCUCCUGCGCCAUUGUUUCAGACGAGAUUGAGGCUACAUAUGUUUGGUUGCUUAACACGUUCUUGAAAGCUAACUGUCAGAAGAGGCCCAAAUCUGUAAUUACCGAUGGAGAUGCAGCGAUGAUAAGGGCUAUCAGGAAGGUGCUUUCUGACGCGUGGCAUCGUCUAUGUUCAUGGCAUAUUGAAAAGAAUAUGCAGAAACACCUCAACCACAAGUCAUUGAAGGAGUUCAGGGCAUUAUUGUACUAUGCCACUCGAAAUAAGGUUUUUGAGGAGAGAUGGGCUGCGUUUGUGCGCAAAUGGCAGACAAAGAGAACGAAAACAUGGCUCCAUAGGAUGUACAGGAAGAGGACGCUUUGGGCUGCAUCAUAUUUGUCUGGUGGGUUUUUCCUUGAUAUGCGCAGUAAUCAGAGGAGUGAGAGUCUGAACUCCAGCCUGCACCUUCAUCUUGACUAUGGUAUGACGACCGUUGACAUGAUUGUACACUACGAGAAUUUUAUUGUUCGCCUCCGUGAGAAUGAAGCUUAUGAUGACUACACGGCCUCACAGACUCUUCCAGCAAACUUUUAUAUGUUGCAACAAGAUAUGAAGAAGGUACAGGAGCUUGAGGUAAUUGAUAGACUGACAGGGACCGAUAGUCAGAGAUUUGUGGUUGCGUGGAAGAAUAACAGGGAUCACAGAUUUAAUGUGGACUAUACGCCAGCAACUGGGCUUGAAGACAGAAGUGAGGACGGUGCAUCUGUUUUACUGCAUCCAUUUAUAUGUAACUCAACUGGGCUUGAAGACUCAAGUGAAGACGAUGCAAGUGUUUUACCUCUUCCAUUUAUAUGA